ACAUAUCAAAUAAAAUAAAAAGUUCGAACCAGAAAAAGAGAAAAUGGGUGAGAAUAAUAUGAUGAUUCUGAUCAGAAAUUGUAUCACUAAUUCAACCCACGCUUAACUCUUAAGCUUCUUGGUGUUUGCCAAUUUACCAUAGAAGACUCGAGUAAACGCGCUUUUCAAGAAGAAAUCGGAGAGUAUUAAUAACAAUGUCAAGCAUUCCGGAAGAAAUCUACUUGGAAAUCCUAUUAAGGGUACCAGUGCAAACAACAUUUGUCUGUAAGUGUGUAUGCAAAUCUUGGUUAGCCCUAAUUUCUAGCAUCGAUUUUGUUAAAAGGCGCCUUAACAUUACUAUCCAGAUAAACAACCCUAAAAUCAUGCUUAAAUAUCAUAAGCUGGUUCCCAAAUCUGCUGUUAUAUACUCUGCAAAUUAUGAUUCGUUAUCAUCUUCCAUGAAUGAGUUUGUAGACGAUGCUGUUGAAAUGGAUUACCCAAUGGGGUUUUGGAAACCAAUCGGUACUUGUGAUGGUUUGGUUUGCUGUAUAUCUUUUGAAUUAUCUUUUGAAGGUUGUAUUAGGGAUGUUAUUUUUCUUUGGAACCCAACAACACAAGAGUACAAGGAAUUACCUGUAUCACCAAAUGAUUCUUCAGAUAGUAAAGAGGUUGCAAUUUGUGGUUUUGGUUAUGAUAGUAAGAUUGACGAUUACAAAGUAGUUAAACUUUUACAGUAUAGGGAGGAUUUUCAAGUCGACAGGACCGAUCCAAGUCAUGGAAUGUCUUCAGUAGAUGUUUAUACUAUGGGUUCGAAUUCAUGGAAAAGCAUUGGAUCCGUCCCUUAUACUUUUCCCAUUUGUUGUCGAUCCGGGGCGCUUGUUAAUGGAGCUCUUCACUGGUUAGGACAUAGCCAAGCACAAGACAAUUCUUUGGUUGUAGUUUCUUUAAAUAUUAGUGAAGAGAGAUUUGAAGAUAUGCAACUGCCAAAACAACCCAGUGAUAAAAAUACUGAGUUUAUAAGCGUUGGGGUGUUGGAAGGACGCCUUUGUGUCAUUGUUAAUGUUGAUGACAUUCGUUUUGAAAUAUGGAGGAUGCAGGACUAUGGUGUUCGAGAAUCUUGGAAUAUAUGUCAUGUUAUUACCAACGAAAGAGUUAUGAAUGACUAUUAUCUAAUGUUGGUUUGGUUCAGGAAUGGCGAGAUUCUAUUUAAGAUUCCUAGUGAUCUAGUUUUUUAUGACCCAAAGAAUGGAACAGCUAGAAAAGCAAAUAUUCAUAGUUCAAUGAUUUUGGUGUCACAAGAGAUUUAUUUUGAAAGCUUAGUUUCUGUAAACUCUGGUACUUAUGUGGAGCCAAGGGGCAAUAGAGGAAUGAUUGAAACAUGAAGAAGAGGCCUGUACGGAGAAGCAGGAUUAUGUUAUUAGUCCUUUUUUUUGUGUAAGUGAGGUAAUACAGAAAUGUAAAAUAUAGAGGGGAAGUUGUUUAUGCUUCACGAUUAGUUGCUGAACUCAGAGCUACUGAAGCUCUGUUAUUUGAAUAGACUACUAGUUUCUCUUUCAGUAUUUGGUCUUAAAGGUCUUGCUGAGGUUAGCAUUUUUGCCUUGUUAGUUUAUACUUUUGAGUAUCUUACUUUGUUGAUGUGUUUUGUGUUUGUAAAAUGUGGAAAUUAGCAUAUAUUGAAUCUGGAUGUAA